CGCAUUCCAACUGCGGGCUGUUGUAGCGGGCCGUCGAGUUGCGCAUUCCUGCGUAGGUGCGGUGGAGUUUCCGGAGCUGCAGGUGCUUUGGUGUCGGACUCAGAAGUGCUCGUGAGCAAGUUAAAGUGCGGAACUGGUGUGUAUGUGUGUGCGUCUGUGUCUGUGUGCGCCACAGAGGACACGGAGGACGAUGGCGCACGGAAAGCUGUCAGUGUCUUCCACCUGUUCACGGAGAGUAACAGACUGACUGAAGCGUCAUUUCAGUGUUUUUUGGUGGACCAUGGCUGGCUGCUGGGAGCGGUGCCGUCGGGCCUGUGUGUGCUGUCUGUCUGCCGAGGAGAAGGACAGCGUCACAGUGGACAAAAAAAUCAAGAAGAUGCUAAAGGAGCAGAAGAAGAGAGAGCGAAAGGAGAUCAAAAUCCUCCUGCUGGGAACUGGAGAGAGUGGAAAAACAACUUUUCUCCGGCAGAUGAGGAUCAUCCAUGGAAAAGGCUUCUCAGAGGAUGACAGGAAGGGCUUUUCCAAAUGUAUCUUCCAGAACAUCUUCACAGCCAUGAAGGCCAUGACAGGAGCCAUGACAACCCUUAAAAUUCCCUACUCCAACCCCGAAAACGAGCUCUAUGCUACAUGGAUACAGGAAGUAAACACAGUGCAGGUCGCCCAGCUGGAACGGCGCUACGUGGAGGCAAUCCGCCGCCUCUGGGCUGAUUCAGGCAUUCGGGUUUGCUAUGGCCGCCGCUGCGAGUACCAGCUACUGGACUCCACAGAGUACUACAUGAUCAAUCUGGAUCGCAUCUCUGCUCCAAACUACAUCCCAACCGAACAAGAUGUUCUACGAGUUCGGUUCCCCACCACGGGUAUCCAUGACUAUUCCUUCAACAUCGAGACCGUCACACUAAGGAUUGUGGAUGUGGGCGGUCAGAAGUCUGAGCGAAGGAAGUGGAUCCACUGUUUUGAGAACGUUACCUCCCUCAUCUUCCUGGCUUCCCUUAGCGAGUAUGACCAAGUCCUGGAGGAGAGAGAGACAAUCAACCGCAUGCAUGAGAGCCUGGCUCUGUUCUACACCACCAUCCACUCCCCGUGGUUCCACAGCACCUCCAUAAUCCUCUUCCUGAACAAGACUGACAUCCUGGCUGACAAAAUCCAGACGUCUGACCUGCAGAAAUACUUCCCCGCCUUCAGCGGCAGCAGCCAAAACGCUGAGGAUGCCAAGAAGUUCAUCCAAAAGCUGUACGAGCAGCAGGCCAUCAACCGUGAUAACAAGAAGCAGUGGAAACAUCUUUACUCACACUUCACCUGUGCCACGGACACCAACAACAUCCGCAGAGUAUUCAGUGACAUCAAGGACACGGUGCUGCUCAGGUCUCUCAUUGACUAUGGAAUCAUAUGAACUCCACUCCCCACUGAGCUGGAGGAAAACGGACGGCUGGAUAGUGUGAGUUAUAAUGACAAUGAAGGCCAAAGCCUGAGCCCCUCCAUAACACACAGGACUUUUUCUCAAGCAUGGACAAUUAGACAACUGCCCUGUUCUUUGCUAACAGUUCUGUCCUGCUCCUCUCGACCCCAAUCAUGGCCUACUUUCCAUUUCCCCCUGAGUUCAUCUAAAAAGAGGGUGUGGAUCAGGCCCCAACCUCCUGUGCUGAAAAAUGAAGCCAGCGUAGAAGUGCCAAAACUUGCAAGUCCUUGAAUGACCACUUCAGGCUAGUUCCAAACGUAAGCCACUCCACAUAGCAGUCCAUUUUCAAAUCUUCAAACUUAACAGCUGAAAUCAACGUGUUUACAGCCUGGUUUAAUAAUAACUUUGGUCUCUAAUCGCUAACUUCCCUGUUCAUGACAACUGUCCUGGAAAAGGGGAGAAAUAUAGUUCAAAAUAUUUUAAGCUAUAAAGUUAUAACUAAUUAAGGAUGUGGUUGUUUUGAGUAACAGCUAGUGUGCCAGGUCGAGGGUCCCAAUAGCAUUGUCAACUGUUGCUAGCAGGGGCAGCUAGCUGCUGUGGACUCAACUGAGCAUGUUGUUCAAGUUUGUUGUGCUAAUAGAUCAUGUUGGACGUCUGUGCUCUGGUAUUUCUGUUGAAUUUUAGUAUGAUUUAAUUUGUAUGUUACUGCUGUUAGUGCUCAUUAGUAGGUAACAGUCAUUUGGUGAUGUUAGCUACUUUGAUAGCAGCAUGGUUAUAGAGGUAAUAUGCUGGUUGUAGAUUUUAAUACCCAUAUCCAAGACACUCGUUAUAAAAAACGCUGACCAAUAUGCAAAAAAAUAUACAUACAAUAUACAACUUUGAUUUAAGUGCAUAAACUAAAUACUAAAUACUAUAUACUUCUGACAUUUGAUCACAUCUAUUUUAUCUUAUGAAAAGUCACUUCUAACAGGACUUGAACCUUGAAAUUUUUUCCAAGGUAAAAUUUUGUGUAAUUGGAAACUAAAGUUGGCGGAGGUUUGUGCUCUACGAGCGCGGUGCUCUAGUUUUUGUUUUGUAUUUUGGUCAUCAAAUAGUCAUAUAAAGGUCAUUUUGCGGUGUGAGAAGGUUGUGUAAUGGUCACAACAGGUCACCCUGUGACGUAGCUGCAACAUAGCUGGGAGUCUGAAUUAUUCAACACUCUGAAACAUCAUGGUGACCAAAAAGUGAUGUUUUCGCAACAUCAUACCAACUCUUAAAUGUUUGCUUGGAGUCUGAUCCUUGUGUCCGACCCUUUUAGAGGAGGUCUCACAGAGUCCCAACGGGCCUGGAAAAUGGGGAAACCAGGGACACUGUACCAUGCCUUGGGAAGAAAGGUGGAACAGGAUUUUUUUUUUUCCUGCCUCAACGCGAGACAAAUGGAAAUGGUAAAUUGACUGCAUUUACACAUAAAUGCCUCACAUUCACCCUGAUGUCAGGCUGCUGCCAUGCAAGGCGCCCACUACACACCGGGAGCAACUAGGGGAUUAAGGACAUUGCCCAAAGGGCCUUAGUGAUUUUCCGGUCAGGCUGGGAUUUGAACCGAGGAUCCUAAGGUCUCAAGCCCAAUGCUUAACCACUAGACCAUCACCUCCCCUGAGACCUUUUAGAUCGGUUUCAGCACGGGAAUGUGUGACUUCCUGUGAUCAGGGAGCAUGGGAACAGUAAUCACCUUCAUCUUUACCCCCUAAUUUUGCUUUGUAAUGAUGAAUAAGCAGCUCAGUUCUGCAUUGAAGCAAAGUGGAUCUAUAAUUGAAGCAGGAGAACAGAUGCUAUGAAGUGGUGUGUCAUUGUUAGCGUAAUAAUGACUUUCAUGAGUGAAGAUGGAGCCAAACGAGUCACACCCACACUCAUUGCCCCUCUGUGUACUGUAAGUUCCACACUACUGCAAACCUUAUUAGAAAUCAGACAGUUUUCAGAAUGUUAAUGAUGCAGUAACCAGGGAUUUCACACAGCGCGCCAGUCUGCAUGCCAAACAAUCUCACUGAUUACAGCUAACGCACACUGGCAAUUUUUCAUACAUAUUGUUUCCACACUUUUUUUUUUGAAUCGUGCAGAAGACUUGUAAGAGUGCAGCCUGCUGUUAUGAUGUGCAAUUGGCAGUAACAGCCACACCUUUCAACAGUGACACCU